GCGAUCCUGGAGGAGCGAGCAGCGGAGCUGUCCCUCCCCACGACCUCCCUCCGGCAAGGGGAAGUGUUGGUCCAGUACCUGGAGACGCAUCGACAGGUGUCCCACCUGUGCAAGAGGCUUUCGUCCGUCUUCCAUCCCACUCUCUUCCUCGGCUUCCUCACGGCGAUCGUCGCUACCAUCGCAUACGCCUUCUUCAUUAUUUCUUACGUGAUGAAGGGUUCUUGGGUCUUUGUCUUGAUGGCUGUGACGAGGGCGUCCUUCUGCGACUUCCUCGUCUUUUCCCUCUGUUGCUCAGCCGACAAUCUUUCCUCCAAGGCCGACGAGAUCGUUCAAACGCUCACAAAUGAAAGGAGUCUGAGCCUGGACAAGGAAUCCAGGGGCGAGGUCGUGCAUUUCGAGUCGCAGACGAGGACUCAUACGAUCAAGCUUCAGGCGUCCAGGUAUUUCACGAUGGACAAGGCUCUGCUCACUUCCGCUUCAGCAUUAGUGAAAGGUGCCGCGGACAGAGAUAGGACUAAUGGAAUGAUUGAGAAAAUAAAUAAGCGGGGGCGAUACGAAGCGAAGAUGGCGUCUGUUAUGGAUUGGCUCUGGAUUCUGUGCCGUUUGGGAGUCUUCCUCGGCAUUUUACCUCUGGAAGGAACAGGGAAGGAGGAGAGGAAAGUGACGUUUCGGGUGUGGAGUGUCCCGUUCGUCUGGUCCAUGCUCCUCGUGCUGGGCAAUGUGACUGCCAUCUGCAUCCUGCUGCCGAGCUUUCGAGAAUGCUUCGAGGGGGAGGGGGGUGAGCUUGGAGACCGGCUCGGAUUCUACGUCGUGAUGACGGCUGGCUUUGGGGUCGUGAUGGCUUGCUUCUUCUCCGCGACGUCGGCGGCGAGGAAGAUCCCGGGAUUUCUGGAGGAGCUGGACGAGACGUGGAGGGACUCGGUGGGGUCGAGUCCCGUUGGGUUGCCCAGGUCGUUUUGCUUCAAGGGGCUCGGGUGUUUUUGCUUCUACGUUGCGGACACUCUCACGGUGUGGGUUGCGAUCAGGAGAAUCCAACACGUUGUGAUGGUUGCUACCGUGAGUCUGAUGAUGAUCCUCACGGCCGGGUUCGCGACUCUCUUUCUUCUAGUCGCCAUUUCAUGCGAGGCGAUGCUGGAGGAGCGAGCAGCGGAGCUGUCCCUCCCCACGAACUCCCUCCGGCAAGGGGAAGCGUUGGUCCAGUACCUGGAGACGCAUCGCCAGGUGUCCCACCUGUGCAAGAGGCUUUCGUCCGUCUUCCAUCCCACUCUCUUCCUCGGAUUCCUCUCGGCGAUCGUCGCUACCAUCGGAUACGCCUUCUUCAUCAUCUCUUUCGUCAUGAAGGGUUCUUGGGUCCUUGCCCUCAUGGCUGUGACGAGGGCGUCCUUCUGUGACUUCCUCGUCUUUUCCCUCUGUUGCUCUGCCGACAAUCUCUCCUCGAAGGGGUGCUUAUGA